AUGUCAGUUGAAGAGGGAACUUUACAAGCACCGUUAAUGUCUUCAGUAACUGUUUACAGUCAAAUACCGCCGCCUGUGUCUAUGAAUACAAAAGGAAAUUUAGCAGAUAAUUGGAAAUACUUUAAGAAAAGUUGGAAUAAUUAUAAACUAGCUACGGGACUAGAUAAAAGAGAUAAAAGUGUAGUGUUGGCAACAUUAUACACCGUGCUGGGUCGAGAAACAAAUCAAAUAGCUGAAAACUUAGAAGUUGGAGAUCCUACUGAUCCAGACAGUUUAUUAGAAGCAUUAACAAAUUAUUUUGAGCCGCAAAAGAACACGAUUUUCGAACGUUAUGUGUUUAAUACUGCAAUACAAGAGGAUAAUGAGAGUAUAGAUCAGUACCUGAAUAGACUUAGAAAAUUGGCAGCGACAUGUGAUUAUGGGGCUCUUACCAGUCAGCUAAUUCGGGACCGAUUGGUGAUAGGAAUCCUUGAUCAAAGUGUAAGAAGUAGACUACUCCGUGAGAAGACCUUGACACUAGAUAGCGCCGUAGAUUUGGUUAGAGCUGCUGAAAGAUCCAAAAGUCAACUGAGGCAAAUAGAGAAACUUGGUGAAAGUCCAAUUCACACAGUUGGAAAUAAAGGGAAUCUCAAACAUAAGAAGUUUGAACAACCAAAGAUACCGGUGUUAUGCAAAUAUUGUGGUAGAAGCCAUAGACCGAGAGAAUGUCCAGCCUUUGGUCAGGUGUGUAAGAAGUGUCACAAGAAAAAUCAUUUUGCAAGAAUGUGUAAGUCGUCCAUACCAAAGAGAGAUGACAAGAAAGAAUUAAAAGGCAAGCAGCAAAAAAAUACGCAACAAAGCAAACAACAAAACAAUAUACACCAGUUGGAUGAGGGAGAGUCAGAUUCAAGUUUUGGAAGUGACGAACUUUUCUGUCCUACCUAUGCAUUCAAAGGUGUGAAGCAGUAUAUGGUACAGCCCAAAAUUAAAGCUACUGCAGGUUCUGAGUGGAAUGAAGUAAAGAUGCAAAUUGACAAUGGUGCAGCUGCAAACUGUCUAAAGAUGGAGAACUACAACAAAAUGACAGAUCCACCAGAGCUAGUCAAAAGCAAUGUGAAGCUGACAACAUAUAAUGGGAGCAGAAUAAUUCCUGAAGGACAGGUAUUCGUGGAUAUUCGUCUGGGAGGACAAAUCUUGGAAAAAGUGGUCUUUCAGGUGAUUAAAAACGCACCAUGUUCGUUAUUAUCUGGACCUACAUCAGAAGCACUUGGUCUCAUUACAGUAAAAAACGAGUUACUUGUUAACGCUGUGACAUACAACGAAGAGUUGACUGAAGAAGAUGUUCUCACCAAUUACAAAGAUGUGUUCACUGGUCUUGGUUACAUAGGAGAGUACAGGAUCGAGUUGAAUGAAGGAGCGAUUCCAAAACAAGAUCCACCGAGAAGUGUGCCAGUAGCUCUUCGCGACGAGUUAAAGACGAAACUCGAUGAGCUGGUUAAACAAGAAAUCUUAACCAAAGUUGAAGAGCCAACGGACUGGGUCAACAGUGCAGUGUACGUGAAGAAGCCAGGGAAACUUCGGGUAUGUCUAGAUCCUAAAGAACUAAAUAAACAUAUAAAGAUUCCGCGGUUUCGUAUGCCUACUAUGGAAGAUGUGACAUCUAAGCUUGGAAAGGUCAAGGUGUUCACAGUAUUAGAUGCUAAAGAUGGUUUCUUACAAGUCAAGCUUGAUGAAGAGUCAACAAAGCUGACGACUUUCCAUACACCCUUUGGCCGUUAUAAAUGGCUCCGAAUGCCUUUUGGUAUAUCCAGUGCACCAGAGGAGUUCCAGAGGCACGUUCAUGAUGUCAUUGGAGAUUUAGAUGGGGUUGAAACCAUCGCAGAUGAUUUGCUUGUGUAUGGAAGUGGUGGUUCGUAUGAAGAAGCUGUGAAGAAUCAUGAUCACCACCUCCUUAGCUUACUGGAAAGAUGCAGAGAACGCAAUUUGAAGUUGAACAAAUCAAAGUUGAGGUUCAAACAACAAAGUGUAAAGUACAACGGACACAUUUUGACGGCUGAAGGAAUGCUACCAGAUCCUGUCAAAGUGGAAGCAAUUACGGAGAUGCCCCGUCCUCGUCAUAAGGCAGAAGUUAAACGUCUGCUUGGAAUGGUGAACUAUCUGGGAAAGUUCUUGCCACAGCUUUCUGAUAUCUCCGAGCCACUGCGAAAUCUUACCAAAGAAGGUGUGAAAUUCAUCUGGUCAAAUAUUCAUGAAGAAGUAUUCAAUAAGCUCAAAGAGAUGUUAUCGCAACCACCAGUUUUACAGUACUACGAUCUGGGUGAAGAAGUCACGUUAGAGACUGAUGCCAGUGAUUACGGACUGGGAGCUGUAUUAUUACAAAAUGGAAAACCUGUGGCGUAUGCCAGUCGUACCCUAACACAAUCUGAAAGAAGAUACUCGCAAAUUGAAAAAGAAUGCCUAAGCCUUGUGUUUGGUUGCACAAGGUUUGAUCAUUUUUUGCAUGGAAGAACAAAAAUAAAUGCGUUGACUGAUCAUAAACCGUUAGAGACAAUAUUAGCUAAAAGUAUUAACUCCGCACCAAAGAGAUUACAGCGUAUGAUGUUGCGACUCCAAAAGUAUCGUUUAAAAGUGACGUACCAGAAAGGCAGUCGUAUGUACAUCAGUGAUCACCUCUCGAGGUCUCCGUUUCACGCAAGUCAGAAAGAUAGCAGUAAAGUAGAUGAUUAUGAUAUUUUUACGGUCAACGAAGAAAACGAGUUGAUGAAAGACAUUGAAGAUAUUGAUCCGAACGUCUACCAUAACGUUACAGAUAACUCGUUGAAGAAAGUAGCUAAGGCAACAGCUGAAGAUGAGAACUUGUUGAUUUUAGCAACCUUGAUUAUGCAUGGUUGGCCCAGUGAUAAAACACAAGUUCCUUUCAACGUCAGGGAGUAUUGGCCUUAUCGUGAUGAACUCUCUGUGCAAGAUGGUAUAAUUUAUAGAGGCACCAGAGUCUUGAUACCUACAGCGUUGAGACCACGUAUGCUUGAGCAGAUACACAGCGCUCAUUUGGGAGCAGAGAGAUGUAUAAGAGCAGCUCGCGAUUCGCUGUAUUGGCCAACGUUUAACAACGAUAUCAAGUAUCUGUGCGAUAAUUGUGAAGUCUGUCAAGAGCAUAAACCAGAUCAAACCAAACAACCGAUGCAGAGCCAACCCAUUCCAAAGCGUCGAUGGCAGUAUGUUAGUACAGAUUUGUUUUCGGUCAAGAACGACACAUAUGUUGUCGUCGUUGAUAAUUUAACGAAGUACUGGGACAUCGAAGAACUGGAGGAAACAAGUGCCCAAAACACGGUUCUGCAAACUAAGAAGAUUUUCUCGAGACAUGGAGUGCCAGAGUUUGUUAUAUCAGACAAUGGACCCCAGUAUACAAGUAGUGAAUAUAAGAAGUUCUCCGAAGAGUGGAAUUUCCAGCAUCAUACCUCCUCGCCAUAUUAUCCAAAAGGGAAUGGGGUUGCUGAGGCAGCAGUGAAACAAGCGAAGAGGAUACUAAAGAUGAGUAGCGAUCCUUGGUUAGCGGUCUUGGAGAUGCGAAACACCCCUGAUGAACUGGCGUCGCCAAAUGAGAAACUGAUGUCUAGAAGAACCAGAACUACUCUUCCUAUUAAGCCUGAGUUAUUGGAACCUGUCAUAAUAUCCACUAAAACCAUUGUUAAAGCGACAGUGAAGAAGAAACAGCAAAACAAACGAUACUAUGACAAAGUUUCCAAACCCUUACCUCCCUUGGUUGUAGGAGAGAACAUUAGAACUAAAAUUAAGCCUAGUUCUCAUCCUUGGUCUCGCGGAACUGUCGUGGGUAAACACAAUGACAGAUCUUAUAUAGUUGAAGCUAACGGAAAACAGUAUAGAAGAGAUCGGCUCCACAUUCGGAAAGGUUGUGAGCUUGUGAUCCCGAGGUCAAAUAGCCCUACCCAUUCUGCAGGUUAUGAUAUCCUUCCUCGUCAGGUUAUACCAUCAAGAAAGGUCCUAACCUCGCCUCAGCGUGUUGAGCCAGAAGAUAUCGAGAUUUCAUCGUCAUGUGACAAACAAUCCAAGUCACCAACGAAACCGCUCAAUAGUACCCAAAAACCGUUAAACGUUCCAAACCCACAGACCUCUUCCACAACCUUAAGAAGAUCCGGACGCGUACGAAAACCUAACCCUAAGUAUAAAGAUUUUGUCUUGGACUAA